UCAACUUGGAUUGCUCCACUUUUCAGUCCAUUAUAUAUACAAACUCUGCUUGCCUUCACUCUCUACAAAAGCAAAACCCUUCAUCAAAACAUGCAUUCAUAAUUCAUUGAUCAACAACAAUGAUGGCAAACUGGUCUGAGCUCCAACCCGAACUCUUACAGCUGAUCAUGAACAAUCUCUCUUUUGUCAACAUCCUUCGAUUCAGAGCCGUUUGUUCUUCGUGGAAUCACGCUGCAAAAUCUUGUGCCACUUCAUCAUGUCCUCCUCCUCGAACCCCUAGUACUCCAUGGCUCAUGCUCCCUAGUAGUAGUGAAGAAAACGACCAAAACAACCCUGCCAGUGGAGCUCGUUGCUUCUACAGUCUUGAAGAACAAAAAGUUUACACCAUCAAGAGCUCGUUUCAAGACUUUGAUCAUGCUGCUGCUUGGUGCGUGGGUUCAUCACACGGGUGGCUGGUCAUUAACAGCAAAGCCAACUUGCAUCUUUUAAACCCAAUUUCACCACGUAAAAUUCAGCUCCCGCUGAUGUGUCAUAUUGCCAAGGCUGUCCUCUCCUCCGACCCGACUCGUGACAACAACUUCGCUGUUGUGGUGAUUUAUGAUUUUUUACAGUCAAAACUUGCAUUUUAUAAGCAUGGGGAGGACAGCAGAAUCAGAUGGACAGACUUAAAUGGUGUGCAUAGAGAAUAUUGUGAUGUUAUUUUUCACAGUGAGCAGUUGUUUGCAUUGGCUGGGGAUGGCUCGGUUGAAGUCUGGGAAUUCAACAAGUCCUUUCCCAUCAAAACCAUUGAUCUUCCUCAACCGUUUGCAGAGAUUGAAAAGGCGGAUAUAAUGCAAGACUUUUCCAUUUACAAGUAUUCUACUCAGAAGUAUCUGGUGGAGUCAUUGGGUGAGAUUUUGUAUGUGGGGAGAGUGAUAGGGACCUUUAUUAACCAUGAGGGCAUAGCCGUUGUUCAGGAGGAUCUUCCUGAGGGGUUUGAUGUUGUUUUUUCGUAUAGAACUCUGCGGUUUUACAUCCUCAAGUUGAACAUCACUGCCAAAAAGUGCAAGAAAGUAGAAUCAUCCCUGCGCAAUCGGGCUUUGUUUUUGGGCGGAAAUCAAUCGAUGUCAGUGUCCACUAGGGAUUUUCCAGAAUUGGAAGAAAGUUCAAUUUACUUCACAGAUGAUCGUUGGAGGGAUAUAAAUUUCCAAUUCGACUGUGAUGGUCAUGAUAAUGGAGUUUACAACAUAGGAAAUAAAGUUGUGAAGCCAUUUGAUCAGCUUGAUAAGUGGAAAAUGUAUACACCACCCUUUUGGAUUGUUCCUAAUCCACGAUGAGAGGCAGAUAGGAGGACAGAAUAUGAUCGUGUUAUGUUUUCAUGUACCACAUUAUAGUUAGAACAUUUAUUAGUGGUUGGAUUUGUUCCAUCUAAAGGUGAAACACUUCUUUCUUUUAUGUAACUGAUCUCAUUUUACAAAUUAAGUCAGAAAAGCCCAAGUUUUUUAAUAGAAUGUAGCAAUUGGAUACACAAUAAGGUAAACCAACUCUCAGAUUAAGACCAAUGCUUUCACAUGAAGACAUUCUUUGAGAGUCUACUUGGUAUGGUAUCUAAUCCACAUGAAUAGGCCACACAUGAUAUUCAUACCUAAAAUAGAAAUAAACUAUGUAACAUCACCAUGUAAAUUUCAUUCUUGUUUGCCAAUCCUAUCCAAAUCCAAACUUCCUAUGAUUUUUUAGACCACAAUAAUUGGAUGCCUAGCAUGAAAAGCAUUAGCCAGC